UACAGCAUCGCGACGUCUUUCUUCUGACGGGUGUGUGUAGGUUACCAGAGUCACCCAACCGCACGAUGCGAACACUCCUGCUCGUCGGGCUGUUGUGCGUGAAUUUCCUCGCGGACGCGAGAAAGCAGCAACACCGGUCCUCCGAAAAUGGGGAAAAGAGCUACAGGAAGGAGUGGAAUUAUCAAAACGCCAAGGUGUUCAAGCACGCCAGUUCCAUCGCUCACGCCGACCAUGGCUUCCUCUUCGUUUUGUGCUCGGACGGUGGGUUGCCGUCCAGCAUGAGCUGCGACGUCAAGCUCGACGUACCUGUUGACGCAUGGAACAGCAGCAAAUCCUCCAAGAGCAGCUGCAAGUUGAACCUGAGCGCGGACCUUGGCCACGAGCUGACGGGCAUCGUCUCGGUGGAGCGCUUCCUCGGCCUCUCGGGGGCCAUAGUCGUCUGGUGGCAGCGCCUCAAAGACAGCCAGUACCAAGUGCACAAGAUCGGCCUGAGCCUCGUGUCCCUCCCGACCUGCCACACCCGCCAGCUCGACUACCCCGUCGACGUCGAGAAGCGCGUCGUCCUGAGCAACGUCAUCGUCUACCCGCACGGCUUCGACGUGAUCGUCACCAACGAGGACACCUGCCGACCGGCCAACGCGACCACCUGCCGCAUCAGCCACGACCAAGACGGCCAGCGAGUCGGCACCCCCGCCGCCUUCCCCCUCGCGAACUUUGACCGGGUGACCAGCCUAGCCGCGAGCCCCGACUCGCCCAAGAACGGCUUCUACGUGUACGGCACCGACGUCGUCUCCUGGAAGUUCCGGUCGAUGCUCGUCGGCGCGGACGGUGCCCUCGUGCCCCUCAUGUCCGCCCACGGCGUCAGCGAUCCCAGGCAGCUGUUGCACGCGACGUCCAACGCGAACGGGCUGUACGGCGUGUGCGUCCUGGGGGACGGGAGGUUCCACUGCGCGCAGCUGGACGACAGGGCCGGGGUGAGGAUGGACACCGACGUGGUGGUUGAAAGCGCCCAGUGGGCGGCUCUGUACAACGUCGCCGAGGACGAGGCUCUGUUGGCUUACGGGGCUUGCAACGGCAACAACAAGAACUGCAAGGAGGUCAGGGUGGCCAGGGUCAGGGAUGGCGAGGGGAGCCCGGCCAGGGUGUGGAGGCUCGACCUCAAGUGCCACGACGUGCCGGGCAGACUGGCGGUGGAGAUCGGGGAGACCGGGGGGGACUUUUGUUUUUACUUUGCGUGCAGCCAUGAGGUUUCAGGUGGUGGUGAUCAGGCCGCUGUUAGGUCUGUGGUGAAGUAUAACGUCAGGUGCAUGCCAAAGUCGCAGUUUGCGUAGGCUCAUCGACUGGAGCUUUUUUUUUUUUUUUUUUUAAUGUUCGUAGCUUACUUGUAGCUGUAUAUAAUUUAUUGGAGUGAGAGCGAGACGAGACAACACUAUGUUUACGUGGUGAGGUCAGUAAGAAAAAAAAAAAAAAAAAAAAAAAAAUUUAGAUAUUACGAAAUUUUGUUCAACCGUAAAACAACACCACCGAGACUGAAACCAUUCAAAAAUUACUCAUAAACUAGAACUGUGCGAGAAAUAAUAUAAAUGAUAAAUUGUUGCUAAAAAGUGGAUUUUUCAAAACAAUAAUGCUGUACCACAUUGUGAUACAAUUGCUAAUAUUUGUUCAAGUAAUUGUUUAUUGUAGACGCAAAAUUUGGUUUUAAUUAAGCUUGACACACAUCACUCUGUCUUUACAAAUUUAUACAAUCAAAUUGAAAUGUUUAAAAAUAGAAUAAUAUCAUUGUAAUAAUAUUAAUGUAUAGUUAAAAUUAACAUCUAAAUCAUAGUCGUUAACUUCAGCUCAUAUAGAAAUAUGAGUUUCAAUCGCGUCACUUUCCAAUUGUUAUCACUAAAACUGACCACCGCUUACUCAUUUUCAAAACUUUAACGAGUUUUAGUUUUCGUUGCUUUUUAAAUUAGCCUCUGGUGGGUAUAGUCAAACGAUUUUUUAAGUACGAGAAACGAAGAUGUCUCUUCAAUUUGUAAUUUUGUAAUUACCUCACGAUCUUGUUAGUUGUUUCGGGAAAAAUAUUUCUCGAAAGUUUGAAAAAAUCGAUUUCUCAUGAUUUUCAAUGCCAACGAGGGGGCGCGAGAUCCGA